AUGAAGGUACUUGUGGUGUUUCUCUUGGUAGUGCUGGACUCCAGUCUGACUGAGGGGAGGAUUGUGUCAAAAUGUGAGCUCAGGGACGAAAUGAUGAGGGCGAUGUCCACCGUGUCUCAAAGGGCAAAGCAGAAAGGACUGACUGCAGAGAACUUGUUGGCUAAGAUUGUCUGUCAUGUGGAGGAGUGGGCCGGAUUCAAUACCAGUGCAGUAUAUCAGCUGAACCCCACGACGGAAAACCAUCCAAGGAGAGGGAAGAGGGAGGUUCACUCUGCAGGAGUGUUUGGACUGGCUAAACAGGGGAGCCUUUUUAGAACAACCCAGAACCCCCCGACACCGACCACCAGGCCUGCGCCCCCAGACGAGGAGGUCUGGACACUGUAUGGCCUUUUCCAGCUCAGCAAUCAUCUGGUCUGCAGCGAUGGCAUCACUCCAUCACCCAACAUCUGUAACAUCGACUGCAACAAUUUGGUUGAUGACAACAUAAGUGAUGACAUAACCUGCGUGUUGAAGAUCCUCACCAAUCUUGUGAUCAGGAUCAUCCUCCAGGAAGAGUGCCGGGAUAAGCAAUUCUCUGUGUACUUCGCUGAGUGCUCAUAA